GAACCCCCAAUCACUCUCCUCUUGUUUUCUGCAGAGGUGCAAAACAGGUUUAUUACUUUUGUACUUUGAGGCCCAAUUCGUCUGCAUUUGAGCGCAGCGUCUCCACAGAGGACACGUCCUUCGCCAUUCAACGAAGCUGUCCGCGUUGGCGCUGCCUUGGCCGUCCUCCACGGCGACGGUGGAAACCCUGGUUUGCCGUUCGAUCGGAAAAAGAGAGGAUGACCUUGCCGUGUGCUGUCUCGCUCUCCCAUCAUUGUUAUUAAGGCGAAUUGGCGACAUCAUUCUCUCUCUCUCAAUAUAUAUCUCCUCAUUCUUCUUGAUUCGGUGUAUAUUCAGGCGCCGUCAGCACCGCCUUAUUCUUUCUGCUGUCUCCCCCUCCCCCCUCUGUUCGAAACAAAAGGCAUCGCAGCUGCGCUCACAGCCGUGGAGCGCCCGGUUUGCUUCUCCCGACGACGCGCGCAUUCCUUUAAAGUUGAAAAAUAAAAGAAGAACUGCGGCGACUUUCCUAAUUAGCUAAAGCGGGGCGCACGACGAAGAGGAGGAGGACAUCAAGCACACCCGCGGAGAAUCCCUUGUAGCGGACACCACCGUAUUGUCCAGGAGGAAAAAUAACGGCUGUACAACGGUGCCUCUGCUGCACGUGUGCUACUACCCGGAGGAAAAGGGGAAUACGACAUCUUCGAACACACCAACUCAGCGUGCCGACGCAGCAAACAUGAAUAUCUAUACCUUUGUCAGCUUCUUCUACGGCUCCGUGGGCGGUGCCCUGUCGUGCAUCGUAUUUUUCUUUGUUGCCUUUAGCAAGAUCGAGUCACUGCUCUCCAAGACGGUGCGCAAGAAGGCGCGCAAACACGCGGAGUUCGAUGCGGUGGCGAAGGAGGCCGCGGUCGUCGCCGCGGCGAAGGUCGAGACGCUCUGCAAGAUGGCCCGCUUCGACGACGGCAUCGUCAGCGAGGCCAUCCAGUGCCGCAUGGUGUUCUACAGCGGCACGAUCGACAUCUACGCGGUGGAUGAGCUGCGCACACUGCCCGAUCAUCGGCAGGAGGUGGUAAAGGAACACAUGCUUGGUCGCAUUAAUCGGGCCUGCGUGGUGGCCACCGGUGAGCGCAUUUCGAAGUACCAUCGCCACCGCAACACCUCGACCCGCUACGCCGCGGUGAAGGGGAAGUGCACGAUCGUGAAACACAAGGACGGUGCCCCGCUGUUUCUCGAGGACCCGGCGGUGCUGCUCAAGGACCGUCUGCGCGCACUGAAGAAGAAACAACAUCAGCAGGCGACGGUGGACCGCCUGCGGCGUCAUGCGCUGCGGGACGGCGUUACCAUGACGGUGGAGCAGGCGCUGGCGCAGAUGCGCGAGGCCGAGGCCGCGGCGAACACCCACACAAUUCUAGACCAAAUUGCGACGGCGGCCUGUGCGGUGGGUGGGCGAGGGGAUGUGCUAGGCUUCUGCGAGCCGUAUAGACGGCCCAGCCUCAGCGGACCGACCGCCGCGGUCAAAGACAAGUCGAAGCGUCGCGGCAGCACCAACAGCGUGGUCGAGGACGUGCCGCUGUCGCAGUGGACCUGCCUGGCGAUUAAGUUCCCCACCCGCCGUGUGCAGGAGCGGUGGCUGAACCUGCUGCAGGCCACGCCGCUCUCGUCACAGUGGCACGACUUCAUCCAGCACCUGCCCAAGAUGGACGUCUUCAACCUGCUCAUUGCCCGACUCUUCUUUGAGAACUCGCGCGCCAACACGCUGCACGACCUGCUCGAGGAGAAGCUGCGGAAGAAGCUCGAGCGGGCGGCGAAGUCACUGCCGCAGCGACUGCGUGGCAACAUCUACCUCGACGCGCUGGACGUCGGCGGGGAGAUCCCGUUCAUCAGCAACGUCAGCGAUCCAACGUCGUCGCUGUGCGGGGACACGGAGUUCGACUUCGAUGUGCUCUACCGUGGCGGCUUCGCGUUGAAGAUCCGCUUCGCCAUCUGCUACCGCGACAUCCGCGUGCCCGACAUCGUCUUCAGCAUUAAAGUGCUGGAGCUGGCGGGCCGCAUGCGUUUUGUGGUGGGGCCGCCCCCUACCAAAAAGUUCUGGCUCGGCUGCCCACGCCCCCCGCAGCUGCGGCUGGACUUUACGCAGGAGGUGGCCUCACACGAUGGCAUCUUAAACACCGUGCUGAAGCUGCUGCCCGACAUGAGUCAGGUCGCCUCCAACGUCGUGACUUCGCUCUUCUUUGAGGAUAUGGUCUUCCCUAGCCUGGACGACUUCCCCUGGCCGGUGCUGGGGGCACACGACGACGACGACGAUGACACCGAUCACGACGGCACCGACGCCCCAAAGACGGCGAGUGACGUUGAUGAGCUCGAAGUCAUCCGUCACGACGGUGUGGUGAUCGGCGGGCCGAAUCAGCUGCCGGGUGAACGGCGCGAGAACCCGCCGUCCUUUGCUGUCUCAACGACCCCGAAAGGCUCCCAAAACAGUUGCAACGGGGAUCGAAGUAGCAGCCAGGACCGGCAUAGUCAGGCGUCGCCAGGCAUGACUUCACCGCCCCCGCGCCCGCCACUCUCGCGCCGCGCCUCGCUCUCGAGCGUUGAGGUGCCCACGCGGCGGGCCAGCAGUUCGGAGAGUCGAAAGACGGAGGGGGAGGAGGAAAGCCAGUCGUCACGGCAGACGCCGCGGCCGGUGAGUCCGCCACGCCGCCUCCCCUCACGCAGGGAUUCGACGGCGACGCUGAACACACCACCGGCCGGGUUGCCGCCGCGGCCGCCGCGUGCUGCGACGGUGGACGUAGCGAAGGGCAUUCACGUGCCGACGUCGCGUGCGCCGGGCUCGGCGUCGUUCCGCGUAACGCACUUUUCUGACUUCAAGGAGCCGGACGAGGAAGGAAAGUAG